AUGUACAUCUCUUCGGUACUCACGAUCGCUUUGGGAGCUUUGGCUACCAAUGCCGUGCCCUUGGAGUCUUCUGCGGCCUCUUCCGCGCUUGAAAUGGUUCAGGAAGGCCCAUUCCCCCUCACCCAACCUAAGCCCACCACAGCCCCCCAAAGCAAGCUUCCCACGACCGGCCUUGAGAAGCGUACCACUGGGUGUGGCGGCGGCUUCGGCAGCUACAACCAAGCUGAUGCAAACGAGCUCCAGCGGCAGCUACAGAACAACAACCCCGAAAAUCUAGUCUACUUGCCUGCAUGGUCCGCAUUCUCAUGGAGCGUCGGUACCGCCAAGGUCUGCGCCAUAAACAUGUAUCUUUCUGAUAACACACACGUUAAAGAAUGGGAGGCGGGAUGGGGCAUGGGAUAUGUUCGGGAUAUGUGCUGUGCCGGAAAGUCAUCCUGGUGA